UCAAAACCACCGGUUAGAGAUCUUAAACCAGAGAGUCCUUUACUAGUUCCGACUCUCUCUGACUUCACAAAAUCGUCCCUUCGAUUUGCAUUUCGCCUACGUUUCUGUUUCGGUUUCUCUUUCUCUUCCGACCGUUCAGAUCUUCGUCUCCCGAUUUGUGGAAUUCCUGUCAAAGGGUCUGCUCUAACAUGUCAGGAAGAAAGGAAACAGUGUUAGAUUUGGCUAAGUUUGUGGAUAAAGGUGUGCAAGUUAAGCUCACCGGUGGUAGACAAGUCACUGGAACUCUCAAGGGAUAUGAUCAGUUGCUCAACCUUGUUCUGGACGGAGCAGUUGAGUCUGUGCGAGAUCAUGAUGAUCCUUUGAAGACUACCGAUCAAACAAGACCUCUUGGUUUAAUUGUUUGUCGUGGAACUGCGGUGAUGCUUGUCUCACCAACGGAUGGCACUGAAGAAAUCGCUAACCCGUUUGUUCAACCAGAAGCUGUCUAAAGUGUUUCUUUCAAUACAGAAUCUCUCUCUCUCAUUUAUGUUUUUUAAGUUGGGGGUUUUAGAGAGUAUUAUGUAUCUAAGUAUUUAAGUUGGGAACAUUUAUUUCUAUGUGCUCAGGUCCGACUCUGCCUAGCAAUUAGAGUGUGAUUUGAACUGUUUUUGAGUUUAUCAUUGAACCAAAUUUAAGUUGGUAUCAACAAAGCUCGAGCCCCUUGUUAUGGUGUU